CCCAAUAUGGCGGCCCCCAUGUAAACGUUUUGUUGCGUUACUGAAAAGUAGAUACUUAAAUUACUGUCCGAGACAGUCUAGGUUCCUUGGAUAUCGUAAAUUACAGUUACUUAAAAUGGAAGUAGGGGACGACAGACGUGACAGGAAACGCGAAAGGUCCAGAUCCAGAGAGAGGAAAUCUAAGCGCCCAAGAUCCCGAAGCAGAGACAGAAAGCGAUCUCGAAGUCGUGAAAGGGGAAGAAACAGAAGCAGAAGCAGAGAACGAAGAAGCAGGAGUCGUGACCGCAAUAGGCGCAAACACAAAGACAGCAAGGAAAGUAAAGACAGCAAGAAAGACUCAAAAGAUUCUGUGAAAAAAGAGAAAGAUAAAGAAACCAAGAAAGUAGUGCCUUUAUCGUUGGAAGAACUUCUCGCCAAGAAGAAAGCAGAGGAGGAAGCACUUAGCAAGCCAAAGUUUUUAACAAAGGAAGAGCGAGCUGCUGAAGCACUGAAGAGAAGACAAGAACAAGUGGAACUACAGAGGAAAAAACUGGACGAAGAAAGACAAAAACAGAAGGAGUUUUUAUUAGCGGGCAAAGAUUCUUAUGGUGACCGUUAUGAUCGAGAGAGAGAAAGAGAACGUGAAAGAAGGGAAAGGCAGCGUGAGAGGGAGAGACAGGAGCGGGAACGUGAGCGUCGUGGUGAAUCAGGACGAGGCGAGGACACAGGAGACAGAGUUAAAGUCUUAGAGGGCAAGGAUAAAGAGAAGGAGUCCGAGGCGAUAAAGGAACGCUAUUUGGGAAUCAUCAAGAAAAAGCGUCGUGUACGUCGUCUGAAUGACCGGAAGUUUGUGUUUGACUGGGAUGCUGGAGACGAUACAUCCCAGGAUUAUAACCCUAUCUACAAGGAGAAACAUUCUAUACAGUUCUUUGGUCGUGGACAGGUGGGAGGUAUUGAUAUGAAGCAACAAAAAGUAGACCAGUCCAAAUUCUAUGGAGACUUGUUAGAGAAAAGAAGAACUGAUGCUGAAAAAGAACAAGAGAAGAAGAGAAUAAAGAAUGUAGCCAAAAAAGAGGCGAAACAGAAAUGGGACGACAGACACUGGAUGGAGAAGUCAUUAACAGAAAUGGCCGAGAGGGAUUGGCGAAUAUUUAAAGAGGAUUAUAACAUUUCCUGUAAGGGGGGUCGCAUCCCGAACCCAAUCAGGAACUGGAAGGAAUCGACUCUCCCAUCAGAGCUCCUUGAUGUUAUCGAUAAGAUUGGUUAUAAGGAACCAACCCCUAUCCAGAGACAAGCCAUUCCCAUUGGUCUACAGAAUCGUGACAUAAUCGGCAUCGCCGAAACUGGCAGUGGUAAAACGGCUGCUUUCCUCAUCCCUCUACUCAAGUGGAUUCAGUCUCUUCCUAAGAUAGUCAGGAUGGAGGAGGCCGAUCAGGGACCCUACGCUAUCAUUUUAGCUCCGACUCGUGAACUGGCCCAGCAGAUCGAGGCCGAGACCAUGAAGUUCAGUGUGAACUUAGGUUUUCGUACUGUAGCCAUAAUAGGUGGUAUCUCAAGGGAGGAACAGGGAUUCAAACUACGACAAGGAUGUGAGAUUGUGAUUGCUACCCCUGGACGUCUUAUUGAUGUAUUAGAGAACCGUUACCUUGUUCUGAAUCAGUGUACAUAUGUGGUUAUGGACGAGGCAGAUCGUAUGAUUGACAUGGGUUUCGAGCCUGAUGUACAGCAUAUCCUUGAGUACCUGCCUGUUACCAACAUGAAACCUGACACGGAAGACGCAGAAGAUGAUGAAAAGAUGCUGGAAAACUUUAACACUACAAAAAAAUACAGACAGACCGUCAUGUUUACCGCCACCAUGCCGCCCCCUGUUGAGCGUCUGGCACGUACCUACCUUCGGAGGCCAGCUGUUGUAUAUAUUGGUUCCGCUGGUCGUCCUACGGAGAGGACGGAACAAAUCGUACACAUUGUCACAAGUAACAUGAAGAGAAAGAAGCUUCUCACUAUCCUGGAACAGGGAAUCGAUCCACCCAUCAUCAUUUUUGUCAACCAGAAGAAGGGUGCAGAUGUACUGGCAAAGUCACUCGAGAAGAUGGGAUACAGUGCAAUCACACUCCACGGAGGGAAGGGACAGGAGCAGAGAGAGUUCGCUCUGUCUAGUUUGAAAAACGGCACAAAGGAUAUCCUGGUCGCAACAAAUGUGGCAGGACGUGGUAUCGACAUCAAGGAUGUCUCCAUGGUGAUCAACUAUGACAUGACAAAGAGUAUAGAAGACUACACUCAUCGUAUUGGUAGAACUGGACGUGCCGGCAAGAAUGGUAUAGCUGUGACCUUCUUAACUCAGGAUGAUUCGCCAGUAUUCUAUGACCUCAAACAAACUAUCUUAGCUAGUCCUAUCUCAACAUGUCCCCCAGAACUAGCUAAUCAUUCCGAAGCCCAGCAUAAACCGGGCACAGUUGUACAGAAAAAACGUAAAGACGAGACCAUAUUUCUCACAUAAGUUAGAAUUGUGCAAGAAACUUCAGUGAGGAAAUGCCAGCCAUCUGAAUCAUUUCUGUUAGACAUUCAUGACAUUUUAUGGUAUAAAUUUGAGCAUUACAAACUAAGAAAAAUAUGUUCAACACUUACUAUUAGCAAUAUUUUCUUUGAGCUAUUCCAUAAUUAUUUGUGUGGUAGGGGUGGAAGGCACUUCUAUCAAAGUUUGAUGGGUGGAUGGGGGAAAACUCCAUUUCCCUAAUUAAGAUGUUUUAUAUUAUAUGGGUGAUGUGGUCUCUGAAAAAUGCCUCCCAGCCCGCCUGCUCAGAUAGCUAUAAAACAGCCGUUAGUAAACAGUAAACCUAUUGGUAACAGUAUACCUAUUGGUAACAGUAUACCUAUUGGUAAACAGCCGUUAGUAAACAGUAUACCUAUUGGUAAACAUCUUGAAAGGGAGACAAAGUCUCCAAUAGUGUCAUCAAGAUUUUAUGGAGACUGAAUUAUAAUCAGUGAAAAAAUUUCAGUUUGAAAUGUCAAAGUGUAUUAAAUAAAUGUCUUUAAAAACAA